AUGUUCAGACAACGCUUGCGUAGAAAGGCAUUGGAAAGGCGUACAGGAUCACUAAUUGUCAGAAAAAUGAAUUUUGGCGUGCAAACGGAUCUUUCUUUUAUCCAUUUAGAAUCUUCUCUUCAAACCCCAGCCAGUGAAAUGCCACGCGGUUUGGAAAGAAAUGAAAUGACCCGAUUGAAGGAGAAUCCAAAGCAGAUAAAUUGCUGCGAUUGUACUUAUCAGCAUGCCUUAAGAAACAAAGGUGUAGCAAUACUGACAGGCGCCUCACAAUUUCAAUCCUCAACCAGAGACCUGGCCGAGGAUGAGAAAUGUACAGGACGGGAUAAUAAUGAGAAUAUUUUGGAAACAAAUUGUCAUGAGUUGGAUUUGAAUCUGGAAAAUUUCACUAAUGUUGAACCCAGGGUUGCGAUUUCCGGUGUAGCUACUCCUACGGGUGGUAAAUUUGAGUCACUGACUCAGAAAGCAAAGUUGCUUGUGACAGUACAAAAACCGUCCAAUAAGAGUAGACAAGAGGCCAUUCUCGAUACUCAAAGAAGUAGAAGCUAUUGUGAUUUCAAAUUUUCUUCCCGCAACCGAGCAGUUACAAAGCCUUUAGAACCCUCUACUACUCUAACAAAUAUUCAUUUUUGCAGAACGCUUAUGGCUAAUUACCUUACCACUCCUUCCUAUAUGACUCCGACCAUUGCUAGUGUAAGAAAAAAAAUUCUUUAA